AUGUCCAUUUUCCAUUUUCUUCCAUCGGCAUUAAUGUUCUUCCACUGUUUCAUGGUCACCUACACCGUGACUACCAGAAACCUCACCACCGAUCAAUCUGUUCUUCUCGAAUUUAAACACCAAAUCAAUGAUCCUCAUGGCAUCCUAGUCGACAACUGGUCCACCAGCCACUCUUUCUGUAACUGGAUCGGUGUCACUUGCGGUGCUAAGCAUAAGAGAAUCAAAGCUUUGAAUCUUCCCAACAUGAAUCUUAUCGGAACUAUCCCUCCGGAAUUAGGGGACCUCUCGUUCUUAGCCUCUCUUAAUUUGAGUGGCAAUGGAUUCCAUGGCGAUUUGCAGGAAGAGUUGGGGCAACUGAGUCGUCUGAAACUCGUCGAUUUAAGCUCCAAUUUCUUUAUCGGGGAAAUCCCAUCAUCAUUUGGAAGAUUGAACCAGGUUUCAGACUUGGUUCUCAGCAAUAACAAUCUGACUGGAGCAAUCCCUCCCGAGAUAAGUAAUCUUUUGAAUACGAGAACACUCGACUUGGCAUCGAACAAGCUUUCUGGGUCUAUACCCUCUUCCAUUUAG